AUGGACGCACCAGACUCGGCAUUUGGAAACAACAGACGUCGCCCGGCGUCAUCGUUCUCUUUUACCCUCUGCUACCCCGUCAGCCGCAGGAACAGGGCUGCCAUACGACGGCUUACCGCCCCCUCGCCAGCAUGUGAGGAAAGUAUUCACUACCCAGUCUUCAAUCCGCGGGAUCCGCGACACAACCCUGAUGUUAUCGCCUCGCCAUGGCUGGAGGAUGAUUGCGAUCUCUCCCAGCAGACAGCUUCGCCAAGAACAAGUCGUUGGAUACAGGAUCUGCCCAGAAGAUCUCUUCGAAGAGCCCAUCUAGGACUACUUGCGCUGAGGUCGGGGAUACGUCGGCGAUCCAGUGGACCUCCACCUGUUCGCACCGACAACCCCAGCGCCUGGUCCUCGGCGGACUCGGCAAAAGACUCGCUGGAUCAGCAGGGAACGCUCUACUCCUCCACGGUGUCCGAGGCUAGCACUGCUGAAGAUGUUGAUUUCGGAGCCGACCUCCAACGCAUCAGCUGCAAAUAUCCUUCGGAACCAAAUGGCGACAUCGGCAAAUAUUUGCAGAAACUACCAAUUCAUGUCGAAUGUGAAGCAGAUAGUACUUUUCUAAAUGGUUCGACUGUGCGUCACUGUCGCUCCGAGGCAGUUCUCGCUGUCCCUAGAUCCGAGGUCAAUUCGACGGAAUCACAACAUGGACAUACCGCGAGGUUGCAAACCACAGCGUUCCAGGGUAACCAUGAGGCAUUAGAAGCUUUGAAUGAGCCCGAUGAGGCUGCGACGGGCCAAGAGCCUCGCACCACCACCACCACUACCGUGUCAGUCAGGCCCAACGAUUCAGACGAACCCAGCCCGAGGGACAGCGAAUUGGAACGCAGCAGUCACUAUCUUACUACACCGGGACCUUCAUCGAAUGAUCCCAUUGAUUUGGAUACACAGUUGCAGUCUUUUACGCGCCCGAGUCCCAAUGUUCACACUGCCUCAAGCUCAGCCCCCACCAACUCGCGCAAAUCGAACGCACUGCGGAUGUCGAUCAAUGCGAUUAACAGUUACAAGCCAGCCAUGACUCGCGUGUGCAAGACUAAUCGUGUGUCUGAAACGCCCCAGAUAAUAGACGCCGACUUCGCCAUGGAGUCCUUGAAAUUGUGCGACCGAUUGGGGAUUAGAGACAGCCAUGCUCCCGAGGUGGAUCAGCAGAGCGAAUCGCCGUUCCAUGGAUUCAACCAAUCUGAGGAGACACCAACAAGGGCCACUGAGCCUUGCGAGCCUGAAGUCAACACACCAAUUUCGGAGUUCCUUGAGGACACGAUGAAUGCGAAGCCGCAGAUAGAUGUGGCAUUUACCUGCUCAGCAGAUCCUGACGGGCCGGCACAUGUAGGUCACGAGGCCGCUUCUGCUUCCAUUACUGGUAUGGAUGAGCAAACGCAAACAGGAGUCGGUCCGCCGAUGGAAGAGAUCAUUGGGGGGUUUACCCAGAAUGAAGAGCAACGGUUCAUGUCAGAAAUGGAGCAGGUGUUAGAGGAGCCAUGGUCCACCAUUGAUACCGACGAUUUGGCGUCCCUUCUCGCCCUCAGAGACGAGUACUUCCUUGUCGACAAGUCACCCGACAUCCGCCCCGACCGUGAUAAUAAUGCACUCAAGUCCGAGAGGAGCUUCACUGGCGAUGGCUGCUUAUAUAGUGGGCCUGGGCUUGAUCGCCAUUCGUCGACCAGGGCUCAAGGGAUCCCCGAGAUCGUGGGCCCGAGAUCAGCCAUACAUUUACAAAGUCCGCGAUCUGCCCGCGCCGAGCGCGAAGCCAGUGACUCCACUGACGAUUAUGUCUCCAGCUAUCCUGCGAGGUACUAUUUUUCAUCCAGAAGAUCUUAAUUCUUAAUUCGCAUUGCCACUUCUUUAUUGGUGGACCAGGCGACUCUACCAUAUUUUUACAUACACCGCUCAAUUGACUCUCCAAAGGUUGAGGCUCAUGAACCAGGGAGCGGGUUUCUCAAUACAGCCUUCCUCUU